UCUUCUCCAUCUCACACAGACACUCGCUCCAGUAUCGGUGUAUCUGAUAGUAAUGACGCUUCUGCAGUGGAUCUUCAGGCUGCUGAUUGUCCUGAUCGUCUUUCACAGUGUAUGUGUGAUAUUUUAUUACGCACUCGACACACACUUGUCCAGACAGGCGAUGACGGACGCGCUUCAGCGGCUGCGCUGCGCAAAACUCAGACGCAAGUUCUCCGGCAUCACGUCCGCCAAGAGACUAAACAUGAAGAGUUUCACCCAGGAACUCAACGAUUUCUUAAACUGUCCGUACAAACCGAACAAGACAAAGCAGGAGCUAAACAGAAUGAGGCUGCAGUAUUGCUGUAACGCCACAGGAUCGUUAUACUUCACCAAACGAAACACAGCCGUCAAUCAGACCAUCCCAUAUGAAACAAGCAUAGUAAAAACAUACAAAAUGAAUCCAGCCAUUUACAGCAUGCUGCCUGAGGAUUUCCCCUGGAGCGGUCGUCGUUUGGGUCGGUGUGCUGUGGUCGGCAGUGGUGGGAUUCUGAAGAACAGCAGCUGUGGACGUGAGAUUGACAGCGCAGACUACAUCAUACGGAUCAUGGACACUGCAUGUGGCAACAUCAAUGUCAGGUCAGAGUACCCUACAUAUUUUCUAGAUGCCAUCACGGCCUUCUCAGCAGAUGCCACCGCCCUCAGACACCGUGGAAGACCCGCUGCUACUGGAUCUAACUUGCUAGAAAACUAGGCCACAGGUCGCAGUCUGUCUCCAUGAUGCUGUAAGAGAACAGAAGUCAUAAACCCAUUUUUCUCAUCCGCCAUCUGAACAAAAUGCUUAGUUGGUACCCGCAGGCCUAAGGUUGGUGCCCAAGACAGCUGAACUUCACAAUGUUCACAAAUGCCUCCUCCGCCUCCUCUGUCCACUCAAUUUUGUCAUAUGACCUCAACCCCUUCCCUAAUGUUAGGGCUCUCAGAGGCUGCUCGAGAAUUGCAUAUUUGGGAAUAAAUGUUCUGCAAUAUGAACACAUUCCCAAAAAUGACAAUGUUUGUUUCUUUGUGAUUGGUUUUGGUACAUCUUUUAAGGCCUGAACUCUUUUGUCAGAUAGGGGCUUGCUGACAUGACCCAAAAAUGUAACCUGUUGUUUUACAAACUGUAGUUUUGACAGGCUGACUUUGUGGCCCUCCUGAGCCAGAUGCUUCAGGAGAGAGACAGUGUCAGCCACUCGUGUAUUCAUCUCUACUAAUAAGGAACUAAUAACCCUUCAACAUAUUGUAGCAAAGCAAUUCCAGCUUCCAGAUUCCCUACUUCAUACCAUGACUAAUCCCUGGCCUUGGAAACAGAGGCACAGACUCUCCUGCUACUAGAUAACUAGUAGCUAACUGCUACUAGAUAAACUGCUACUAUAUACAACGGAAACUGUUUUUCUGUCAGCCUGACUGAAACCGCACACACAUUUUCUGUCCAAAACAUUUAAACACAGCUCAAAGUUUCACUCUUCACUCUUUUUUUUUUUUUUGUCCAGUUUUUCAUUGGCUGUAGUUGCAUUUCACUCCUUGCACAAUUUCUGCCAUUCAGAAACCAGCUUCGCAAGUGAC